AUGGGUUUCUUCACCUACCUCAACUUUUGCCUUCUUGGAAUCUUCUUCUCCAACUCUUUCUUGGGAGCUGAGGCAGACUCCUGUGCUAGAGAGUGGCUGCAAAACCAGGGGAACUGCUAUGCUUACUUUGACAAUCAGUUAUCAUGGCAAGAGGCUGAGAUUGAAUGCCAGAGCUAUGGCCGUGGGGCACAUCUUGCCUCUGUCCUGACCAAAGCAGAGACCCUCCUGGUGGCCGAACACAUCUCCACUUAUCAGAAAGAACGAAGCAAUGUCUGGAUUGGGCUUCAUGAUGUCCGUCAGACCGGGAAAUGGAGGUGGGCUGAUGAGUCAACUUACAACUACAAGUCCUGGAUGAGCCACCAGCCAGACAAUUAUGGCAGUAAUGAAUACUGUGUGGAACUGCGACUUUCCACAGGUAAGAAAGAAGCAAGAAAGAUCUC